AUGCUCCAUCUGCCAACGACGACAAAAUCUCAGCUCGCGGCCGAGUAUUUGGAGGCGUGCCGGCGACAUUGCACGCCAUCCAUCGAUACCGUGUUGGAGCAAAUACGGGAACUACCAGAUGACUCAAUAGGUGGUGGUACAAGGGCGCCACGCCUUACCCUCGCAGAAUGUUCCCUUUCUGGCGCUGCAGCGGUGGACGCGCUGGAAUCCAUAAUGAGGAAAGUCCAGUUCAGAAGACUGGAGAUUGAACACUGCAUCAUUGACGAUGAAGGAGCGGAGGCUUUAUUUGACAUGACGGAGUAUUAUGAAAGCGCUGCGAUAUUGUCGAUAGCUGGGCCUCGACAGUUUGGUAUCAGAGGCUGGCAGGCCGCUUCUCGAAUGAUAAAGAAGAGUGCUGAUUUGACUGAGUUGGAGAUAACGGAUGCGCCGCUGGAAGCGUCACAUGCGCCUGUUUUAGCUCGUUCCUUAAGAGCGUACACUUGUACGUUGAGAGCGCUCAGCCUUCAACGGGUUUGCCUCACCGGGGAACCGUUAUUAUGUUUAGUGAUAGCUCUGAAAUCGAACAGCUCGAUCCGAGAGCUUCGGUUGUGUGACAACAGACUGGGCGUUUCGGACGCCGCGCAGCUCGCCUCCCUGCUCCGAUACAAUACUCGCAUACAGCUGUUGGAUCUCUCAAAUAAUAUGAUACAGGACGCCGGCACGGCCCACCUGGCGGACGCGUUAGCCGAGCAAGCGGCGCAGUCUCCGCCAUCCGCGGCAGCGUCACCGCUGUCACCGCAUCGAUGUCAGGUGGGAGGUCACGACGUUCGAGGAUUGGCGUUUUUAGUACUAUGGAAUAACCAGUUAACUAGAAAUUGUGCGCCUUACCUUAGUAAAGCGUUGCGUACAUCCCAAUCGCUGUGCGUCCUCAACGUAGGUCGUAAUGCUCUCGGCAGCGACGGAGUCCGCGCCCUCGGCCGCGGGGCGGCGCUAGUGUCGCUGGGGCUGCAGGCCGCCAGGCUGGGGGCCGACGCCGCGCAACCAUUAGCUGACCUCAUUAAAACCGAUACUAAACUACAGCGAUUAGAUCUCCGCGAGAAUCGUCUGGGUGCCGCCGGCCUGCAGUUACUCCUGAACGCAAUGAAGGAUAACUCCACACUCACACAGAUCGACCUGGACGAACCGCCUAAUCAUGAAUCUUCCACCCUGGUCGCCGAGGACUCAGAGACGGCGCUAGCCCGUCGCAUGACUCGCGAGAUCCGCGCCGCCUGCAACCGCAACGUGGUGGGUACGCCAGACCCGCCCCACGACGCAGCCAUGCCCCAUGACGCCGCCUUACAUCGCAAGAUCAGCCUUACCUGUCAUACUGCAUGCUUGCUAAGGCAAGGUGUGUGUGGUCCGGAGGAGGAGGUCCGGCCCCGGCUGCGGUCCCCGGCGCCGUCCCCGGCCGCCUCGCCCGCGCCCUCCCCCGCCGGCAGCCCCGUGCCCGCCCCGCAUCCCUCCUCCAGGUUCAUGGUGACUCGAGUGACUCCAGAGCGUGAUUCCUCGACGGACAGCAGUGGUGGGUCCACGUCUUCAGCAUCCUCGACUCCCACCAGACUGGCGUACUGUCCUCCGUCGAGAUUCCGAGUCGUACAGGUCCUGGAACCGCCUCAGAUACAAGUACAUCCGGCGUCCACACAGCCCAGGAAGUCUCCAUCUAGGUUUUCCGUCACGCGGAACUAUGAUUCCGUUUACAAUCCAAAUCCAACUCCACCUAACAGCCCCGCCCAGCCAACUCUGUACACUCAACUACAAAACGAAGUCGUCACUCAACUCAAACAUGAAGCUAACGUUGGCGUUCAAGCGAAAAAUUUGACAGAUAUUAGCGCUCAAGCGAGGAAUUUGUCAGAUAUUAGCGCUCAAGCGAAGAAUUUGUCAGAUAUUAUCGCUCAAGCGAAAAAUUUGACAGAUGUUAGCGCUCAUUCAAAAAUUUUGACAGAUAUUAGCGCUCAAACGAAGAAUUUGUCAGAUAUUAGCGCUCAAGCGAAGAAUUUGUCUGAUAUUAGCGCUCAAGCAAAGAAUUUGUCAGAUAUUAGCGCUCAAGCUAAGAAUUUGUCAGAUAUUAGCGUUCAAGGGAAGAAUUUGUCAGAUAUUAGCGCUCAAGCGAAGAAUUUGUCACAUAUUACCGCUCAAUCGAAGAAUUUGUCAGAUAUUAGCACUCAAGGGAAGAAUUUGUCAGAUAUUAGCGCUCAAGCGAAAAAUGUAAUAGAAGUUAGCGCUCAAGUGAAAUGUACACCAGUUAGCGAUGCUGGCGUCAAACAGAACGAAGUUAAUGUUAGCGCUGAACAGAAAAAGGAAGCUCCAAUCAGCGUUCAAGAGAAAAAAUUAAGUAAACCUAAAAUAGAAGUUACUGUUUACGAUACACAAAUUAAGGAAGCCAUUGUAAGCGCUCAUCAGAUAAGCGAUCAGCAGAAAAAUAUAUCAAACGUUUGCGUUCCACAAAAAAGCGAUGUUGUUAUUGUUGGUGACCAAAAAACUGUUCCCGAUAUAAGUGCUCAAGAGAAAAAAUUAACAGAAGCAAGCGCUGAAUGGAAGAAUAAUGAUAAAAUUGACGUCGUACAUAAAGAUAAUGCUCAAAGCAAACCUGAAUCCCAUAAUGAAGUACACACGCAAAUUAAAAAAGAAGAAAUAGAUACAAAUAAACCUAAGAAAGUUAUAACUACUCAAGUCAGAAGCGAAGCCAUGAAGCAAUCUAAAAAGGAAUCGUCACAUAAAGAAAAUAUAUCCGACGAUCCCAAAACCGAUACUAGCGCCACAGAAAUAUCUGCCAAAAAUCUCGUGACAACGCAAAUUAGUCAUUUUCCAACACAACAGAAAUCUGAAGUUGAUGAUAAAAGUUUAACAAGUCAAAAACCUACAGAUGUUAUGGAUACACAUAAAAAUGUUGUUACGACCCAACUUCAGAAUGAAACUGUUAAAGAGAGAAUUAUUAACAAUGAUUCAAUAGACCAAUUUGGUUUAAAAAUAGUGAGGAUCGAUCAAGAUUCUAUAGAAAAGCAAAGUGUUGAUACUAAAUCUGCCAUAGAAAUUGAAUUAGAUAAAGAAUUUAAAGACUCAACUAUGAAAUCGGAUGAAAGAACACAUGUAACAAAUGUUGAAAAUAUAGAUACUAAAAACGAUAAUAUAGUAGUAUUAAGAACAGGUACUGUAUCGAGUAAUAUUGACGAAAAUACUGAAUCAAGAAUACCAGUAAUCAGUCUCGCAGAAGACAGUACAGAAAUAACAUACGAAACAUCGAAAGAAAGUGUAAAAGUUAGCAAAAAUGACAAUGAAAACAUUCAAAUAGAGCUUCCAAACCAAUCUUCCUUAAAAGACAAAUUAAAAACAUCGCCAACGCACUCUGUUAUAACGAAACCUUUAAUAGCAACCAUUGAAGAAUUCCCCGAAAAUGAUUUAGACGUCACUGAUUCGGGAACGUCGACCAACCAAACCAGUGAACGCACUGACCAUAAAAAUGACGAGACGGCCCAAAUUCAAACUGUGAAAGCGUGCGAAACGAAACCGCGUGUGAUAACUAGUAUUAAACAAAGUGAAAUUAGUUAUAGUGAUGCAGUAAAAAGGGACAAAAAAACCAAAGUGAUUAUAAACCAAACGGACAAUGUUAAUAGUUUAACUCAAAUUAAGAUAGUUAAAAUUAAACCUAGUUUAAGUGAUGUACCUGUCGAUAGUGUUAUCUUAAAGAAGAAUAAAAGUGAAUCCAGUCUGGAUAGCCCGGACUUGGAAGUUUCUAGGUUCAUGGGAAGUGGCGUGCAUACGAGUGUAUUCGACAGUAGCUCUUCGUUGGAAAUAUCUGAGAGUUCAAUGGAGAGUCUUAACGAACAGAAAUCUAUCCAAGAGUUGGAUAGGAGAAAAUCCGCGGCGCUCUCCAACGAAGGCAGUCUAGAGUCUGGAAGCGAAGUCACACCUAUAAACUCUAGUAAUCUCUUAAAUCUAUCCGUCAGUUCCAAUGAAAGCGUUUCCCCAAUAUUUGGAAAAACUAAAGUUAUUCACGAUUCCUUAUCCAGCUUAGAAGCUAGUGUAAGCUCCUUGGAUUCGACUAAACAAGAGAGAUUGAUGGUCACAUCAGCUGAUUCUGGAAUAGAAUACUCUCUACAGCAUCCUCUAGAGAGCAAAGAGGACAAUUCCUCCAACGAGGGUACUCUGACAAAUAAUUCUAGUUUGAAGGAAUCAAUCAAGAAGACCGAAGCUCUUCAUUUAGAUGAUAGCGCUUCACCGAAACGCACGUCGAGUUUGCUAGACGUACCCGCGUUAGAAAAUAAGGGUAUAAGGGAUCGUAUUAGAAAGAUCUCCUGGGUAGCACCCUCGUCCAGCUUCCACAUACCCCGUCCAGAAGAAAAAGAAGCGAAACCAUCCCAUUUAGAGAAGCUUCUAAGCAUAUUCCAGCAUCCAAGCUUAAUAUUUUCAAGAAGCUUAACGACUGACGACGAUAAAAAGGUGUCGAACACACCGCCAAGAAGAGAUCUAUCUCUAUCUAGCUCUUUCUGGUCUUGGGGAUCAGCGGUAGAGAAGGAAAGAGAAGAAGAUAGUUCAGAAGCAACAGACUCGACUCUAUCGGAGCGAGUGCAAGUCUCAUUCGUCGAUGAAUCAUUCUCAAAGAAACUUGAUUCGAAAACUCCGUCGACGGACACUGAUAAUACGUUGAGCGAGUUCCAUUCAUUCCCAACGCAUGAAUGUGAAAUGGAUGAUAAAGUUACCCUGACCACCGAAGAUAUUAUAGUACAAAAUAUAGAUGUAAGCUUAAUUAGUAAUACUAAGAAGGAUGAGAAAGACGAUAAGGAGCAAAGACCGAGGUCUUUUGCGGCCGUUCUCAAAAGUUCUGGCUCCGAGAACUCUUUAGAUAAACAAAGUAAUAGUGAAAAUUUACAGUCUGUCGAUAAGCUCCCCAGCAAAGUAAUACGAGGCAUCAAAGAAAAUAUUAGCCCAGAAAACACUUUGACAUCGAGCAUGUCUAACACGGAAGCUCUAGCCGAGGAGCUAGAAAAACAAGUUCGCAUAACAACUGUCAGUAUCUGGGAACCAAGUACAAUUGAGUCUAAAUCCGAUGACGUUAAGGUUCAAAGUGAUUUAGCUCCCAUAGCGACUAUGGAAGACACAUUAUACGAAGAUACCCUACAGUUAGCCUUCAUAGAUGAUAAAAUAGACGAAUUGAGUAUUGAGAAUAGAGUUUUGGAAACUGACACACAAGCGAAGUCUACGGAAAUCGAUUUAGGUAGAGACGCCCUUUCAUACUUGAUCUACGAGAAUAGAGAUUUUGAAAUCGGUACCGAAAAUAUUGUUAACACGACUGCACAACAGGGAUCUCUAGCUGAAGAAUUAAAAGAAGCUGAAAAUAAAGAAAUUUUGGAUCUAUCACCCGAACUAGUUAUCGACGAAAACAACACAAUACGAGACAACGUAUUUACGGCCAAAGAAAUAAUCGGUUUGCGUACAUCGCCAAUAAUACCGGAACGGGCGAAAAUAAAGAAAUCUAAUUCUUUAGAGAAUCUACCGCAGUGUUCGGACGAGAAGAGCCCUAAAGCGAAGACUAUAGUUUUCAAAAUCCCCGAAGGAACCACACCUAGGGAUAUACCGGAGAGAAGGUCCAAAUUGCGAACGAGAAGCGGUUCCAGCCCGAAAUCUCUACCAGAAAGUCUAAACAAGCCUUGCCCCCUAACAAAAAUGGAAUCGAUUCUGAAUAAGAAAAAGAAGAAAGUCUCUUCUUUAGGGAAAAUAGCCAAAGACUCCCUUCUAGCUCUGAAUAUGAGCGAGGAAGAUAUAGCCGAAUUCAGAAGGUCUUAUAAAUUGACUUCGGUGGAGAGUCUCAGAUCUUUGGAGUCUGUUUCUGAGAACUCGGUCGAUUCCCGAUGUAGGGCUUGCUUGCGACAGUCGCAGGAAAGCCUUAUGUCUUUAGAUUCUAUUUCCGAAGAUUGCAGAUGUACGGACGACUGUGAACGCCCAGGCAUGUCAGGGAGAUAAACCUUGUUUAGAUUUU